UUAUCUCUGUUUCUCGAUUAUCAUCAUAUUUGACCCGAAUUCAGAACCCGCCAUUGAUCUUGAUCAGCAAGAGCAGUAAACCGACCCUCUUAAUCCCAAAUCUGAACCAAAAUCAACAAAUUGUUGCUCUAAUCGAUUUCCAUUUGCUUUCCUUGCGAUUGAUUCAUGACAUUGCCAUCUUCGUAAGAUCAGAUUCAUACCAAUUCUGAGCACCAGAAGCGAGGGCAGCCAUGGGAGUACCUUCAGCUUCCUCAACAGACGGAGGCGGAGGUUACCGCGAUGCCGAAUCUCUGUUCCGGACAAAGCCCAUUUCUGAAAUUCGGAAGGUGGAGUCCUCCACCCGCGCCCAGAUCCAGUCCAAGCAAGAGGAGCUCCGGCAACUCGUCGGUAACCGCUACCGAGAUCUGAUCGACUCCGCCGACUCCAUUGUUCUCAUGAAGUCGACUUCCCAUUCAAUUUCCUCUAAUCUCUCUUCCAUUCACCUUUCCAUCCGUUCCCUUUCGUCUUCCGAUUCGCUCACGCAUCUUCCUUCCCAUAAUCAUGUUCGCGUCACCCUCUACGCCAUCGCUUGCCGGGUCAAGUACCUCGUUGAUACCCCUGAGAAUAUUUGGGGUUGCCUCGACGAGUCGAUGUUUCUCGAAGCUGCUGUUCGUCACCUUCGAGCGAAGCAUGUGCAGCAAGCUUUGACGACUCACAAUGCCGAUUCAGACCGUAAGUUUCUCUCCAAUUUUCCUCUGCUUCAGCACCAUUGGCAGAUAGUGGAGAGCUUCAAAUCUCAGAUUUCUCAGCGUAGCCGUGAGAGACUACUCGAUCGUGGAAUUGGGGUUGGGGCUUAUGCGGAUGCCUUGGCUGCUGUUGCCGUUAUUGAUGAGCUUGAGCCGAAGCAAGUUCUCAGUUUGUUCCUCGAUUCGAGGAAGUCCUGGAUUUCUCAAAAAUUAGGAACAUGCGGGAGCAAUGCAGCUUGUUCUAUUGUAAUAUCCGUGUUCUGCGAGGUGUUGGCUAUAAUUCAGGUCAGUAUAGGACAGGUUGGUGAGUUGUUUUUGCAAGUUCUGAAUGAUAUGCCACUGUUUUACAAAGUUAUAUUGAGUUCACCUCCUGCAUCUCAAUUGUUUGGUGGAAUUCCCAACCCAGAUGAGGAAGUUAGGCUCUGGAAGUCAUUUAGGGAUACGUUAGAGUCAGUCAUGGUAAUGCUUGAGAAAGAUUACAUUGCUAGGACUUGCUCGAGUUGGCUAAGAGAAUGUGGAAGAGAGAUUGUUAGCCAGAUAAAUGGAAGGUUUUUGAUUGAUGCCAUUGGAAGUGGCCAAGACCUUGCUUCUGCUGAGAAAUUAAUAAGAGAGACAAUGGAAAGUAAGGAAGUCUUGGAAGGAAGUUUGGAUUGGUUGAAAAGUGUUUUUGGAUCUGAAAUCGAGUUGCCUUGGAGUAGAAUGAGGGAACUUGUAUUGGAAGAUGACUCAGACCUCUGGGAUGACAUAUUUGAAGAUGCAUUUGCGCGCAGGAUGAAAACUAUAAUUGACUCAAGAUUCAAGGAAAUGGUUAAAGGAGUUAAUAUUGCAGAAUCGGUUCAUGCAUCUGAGGAUGCUUUAGGUAAUAAUAUCUUGGAUUUCCAGGGGUACUUGAACAGACCCUCUACAGGUGGUGGGGUUUGGUUUAUAGAAUUUAAUGCUAAGAAAGCCGGUCCAACUGUGGGAGCAAAAGCAUCUGUAGAAGAGAGUGAUUUUAGUAGUUGUAUCAAUGCUUAUUUUGGUCCAGAAGUCAGCCGUAUCAGAGAUGCAUUUGAAAACUGUUGUCAGAGUGUGCUUGAGGAUCUUCUAAGUUUCAUAGAAUCUCCUAAGGCAUCAAUAAGGUUAAAAGAUCUGGCACCUUAUCUACAGAAUAUGUGUUACGAAAGCAUGUUAACCAUAUUGAUGGAACUAGAAAGAGAGAUUGAUAAUCUAUAUAGUAACAUGGAAAAUAGUAGGACUGCCAGUCAGCCUGUUAGUAUUGCUCCACUUGUUGAGAGAUCGCUUUUCAUUGGUCGACUCCUGUUUGCAUUUCAAAAUCACUUGAGGCACAUUAGUGUCAUCCUUGGUUCACCAAAAUUUUGGGUAAAUGACACAUCGUCCUCUGUUUUUGAUAAGCAUUCUUCAUUACUGAGACAAUCCAAAGGUGUUCCCGAUUCUCCUUUAUAUGUUAAUUCUCCAGGAAGACAAAUGUCCACCGACUCUAGAAGACAAAUGUCACUUGCUACAGCUGCAUUGCUUGGAACUAAAGAAAGUGAAAGCCCAAAACUUGAAGAGUUAAAUAGAGUUACUCAAGAUCUUUCUGUAAGGUCUCAUAGCUUGUGGAUGUUAUGGUUAUGUAAUGAGCUUUCUUCUAUUCUCUCUAGAGAUCUUACCCAAGAUGAUGCCCUACUGUCAGCAACGCCCUUGAGGGGCUGGGAAGAGACAGUCAUCAAGCAAGAACAAUCUGCUGAAGGUCAAUCAGAUAUGAAAAUUGCUCUUCCUUCAAUGCCUUCUCUUUAUACAAUUUCAUUUCUGUUCCGUGCAUGUGAAGAAAUUCAUAGAAUUGGAGGUCAUGUUCUCGAGAAGACAAUAAUCCGAAAAUUUGCAACGACUCUGCUGGAAAAGGUUAUAGGUAUCUAUGGGGACUUUAUUUCAUCUAUAGAAGAUAGCGGGCCUCAAGUGUCAGAAAAAGGCAUAUUGCAGGUUCUGUUAGAUAUAAGGUUUACUGCUGAUAUUUUAUGUGGGACUCAUUCUAAUAUGAGUGAAGAGUUGUCCAAAAACCCAAGGGCAAAGUUUACCUUCAGAAGGAAGCAGGAUGUAAGUGAGGAAAAAUCAGUCAUUAAAGAGCGUGUGAAUGCAUUAACAGAUCGUCUUUCAAAAAGGCUUGAUCCAAUUGACUGGCAAACGUAUGAGCCAUAUCUCUGGGAAAAUGAAAGGCAGACAUACCUUCGACAUGCUGUCCUUUUUGGAUUCUUUGUGCAGCUUAAUAGGAUGUACACAGACACUGUUCAGAAAUUGCCAAGCAAUUCAGAAUCCAAUAUCAUGAGAUGCCUUACAAUUCCUCGUUUUAAAUACCUUCCAAUUAGUGCUCCAGUUUUGUCUUCAAAAGGAGGAAUGAAGGCAACUAUUCCAACACCUUCAGAUGACAUCUCCUCAAGAAACUCCUGGAAAGCUUUCACAAACGGGGAGCUUCCUCAAAAAAUAGAUUUGAACGAUAACUCCAGUUUCGGGGUAGCAGCACCGUUAUUUAAAUCUUUCAUGCAGGUUGGAAGCAGAUUUGGAGAGAGCACACUAAAACUUGGGUCCAUGUUGACCGAUGGGCAAGUUGGCAUAUUUAAAGAUAGAUCGGCGGCUGCCAUGUCUACGUUUGGUGAUAUUCUACCCGCACAAGCUGCAGGCCUUCUUUCUUCCUUCACUGCUUCCAGAUCAGAUUCUUGAUGUUCUUUUAGAUACAUAAUUUUGAUUGAUAUCGGGUUAUAACAACCACUGAAACGUACUGAACAUUCAUGGCCAUCAUAGAAGAUACAUAGCAAUUCAAGUUUUGAAGGUUUAACUCCAUAAUCUUGAUGGGGAUUGGAGCUCUAGAACAUAUGGAUCAGUUUUUUCGGUGUUAAGAAACCAAAGUGUGAGAGGCCACCGACGGAGUCGAGCAGAACUACACUACAAACUAUUUCUAGCCAGAGGCAAAUUACAGGUACCAAGUCUCCAGCAAGAUCUUUCAAGUUAUAUUUUUCAGCGUUCUCUUACAAAAUAAGUGUACCAUAUGUGCUGUGGAUAAGCUUGAUCAAUUUACGAACAAUAGUGCCAAAGAUCGAUUAUAUGUGGGAUCAGAGAAUAAUGUCCAUAGGGUUGGGGAAUACUUGAAAAACUGUAUGUACUUGCAAAUUUUAUUCUGGCAGUUCGCAAGGCGAAGCUUUUACGCUUAGAUUGGAAGGCGAAGGGCGUUUUUGGACUGUGGAUUCUCCUUCGGUGUUCGGUAUUAUUUGUUUGGAUUCAUGCCAGUUGUAUAGGUAAACAAUCUGUACUCUUUCUCUUUCUUUUUUCCCCUCAAGAAAAUAUAUGUUUAGCCAACUGUUAAUUGUUU